AUGUCCCUCCCGCAGGGAGCAGCUAUUGUACGAAGCAGAGCUCGACCUCCUCACCUGAGUUUCGACGUGCCUCCCCCAAGGACCGCUCCUGCUGGUACCUCCUACCUCAACGAGGAAACCCUGCAUGCUCGGCGAGUGAAGCGCCUCAAGAAAGAUGCUGACCAUGAUCGCGUUCACCCCCACGCAAACCGGCAGAGUCAGAGUCCGGCUGUCCCGCAUAUCUCGCUGGAGAAGCUGCAGGAAGACUUCAAGCUCGCCCGCCUUGAGAUCAGAUCAGCUGGCAGCCAGAGAGCCUCCUGCGCCACUCCUCGUCCUCGCUGCGUGAGCGCGAGGGGGCUGUUGCGAUGUCAAACUCCCCGGCACGACCCGGAGGCGAUGAAUCAGCACCGCUUCCUCGCAGUCGGCAGCAAAGUUCUUCCCAAGAGAGGCGCCGCCCAGCAGGAGGGAACUAUGGGGGGGUCAUCGAUGGACGCCAUUGACGGCAAGAGACGGUAG